AUGAUGAGGCUGGAGAACAACCUCCCUCAUGAGAUAGUCCUCGAAAUUCUCAAGAGAUUACCUGUGAAGCCUCUCAUGAGAUUCAAAUGUGUCUCCAAAUUGUGGCUUUGCACAAUUGAAGAUCCGAACUUCGUGGCCAUGCACUUGAAGCACUCCACUUUGGGUGGCACAAAUUGGUAUAUUCUUCUUACAGAUUGGUACUUUUCUCGCGAUCAAAGAAGCUCUCUGUAUCCACAAAAGUCUCUUACACUGGCUUCUCAAUCAGAAAUUGAAGUUCCAUUUAUUAGCCCAAAUGGCUAUUAUGGUGUCGUGGGUUCGUGCAAUGGAUUGAUCUGUUUUGCUGAGACUAAUGCUGAAGAUCGCAUUCAAAGGAUAUUUUUGUGGAAUUUGUUCACUAGAAAGCACAAGGCGAUUCUAAGUUCGCUUCCGGAUUAUCCGUUUGUUGACAUGUAUGCUGCUCAUAUGGUUCUAGGAUUUGGAUACAGCGAUAGGAUUGAUGACUACAAGGUUGUUAGGAUUACUUAUUUUCCUGAUAAAUACGGAAGAUACUUGGGCGAAAUAGAUCCUAAAGUUGACGUAUAUAGCCUUUGUGCAAAUUUGUGGCAGACAGUUGAAUUCAAUUUCAAGUGCGAGCUGAGCCACUUUUCGAGGGUCUCUUUCAAUGGAAAUUUGCAUUGGCUAUCGAUGGGUGUCGAUGAGGACCGUCGCCGAUCCUUUAGAUCAAUUAUCACAUUUGGGGUAGCAGGUGAGGUCUUCAACGAAAUGGCAUUGCCGAAGAGCUGUUUCAUUGGAAUCACAUAUAAUCGUGCUUACCUAGCAGAACUUAAUAGCUCGUUGGCACUGCUAAUUAAUCGUAGGGACCUGAUAGGUCGAUCUUACGAGAAGUGUUACAUUUGGGUUAUGUCUAAAUAUGGCGUGCCUGAUUCUUGGACUAAGCUGCAUACCUUGGAUCUCAAUGAAGGAGUGUCAAGAUUUCAUGGCUUCACAAGAAGUGGCGAGCUUCUUAUGCAAACGUACCAACAUGAGCUGAUUUCGUGGGAUCCGAGUGUGGGACUGACCCGACUCCUUCGAAAAUUGGGGAGAUUUGAUCUAGUAACUAUGGUGGAGAGCCUGGUUUUCCCAUAG